ACACCGUGCUGCAUCUACGGUGGUCUCGUUUCCGGGCUGAACUCGGCGUCGAACAUUUUCAUUUACGGCUGGAAAUACGAGGAACUGCGGAACGGGAUGAUCCAGGUGGUAACCUGCCGCCCGGCCACCAUCCAACGCGAAAACAGCUCCUACAAUGUGCUAAAUAAGCAGGCUCGCCGGGACGACGUUUUUCUU